GCGGGGUCACCUCGGAAAAACUCCGUCCGCCCACGGGGGAGCUCACGGUUGCUGCCUAAUAAAUGGUUCUGAGUGGAAGUACCUAACUGAAGCCUGGUCUGUGACUGCCGGGGGUGCUGGAACCCCGAAGGGGGGGUGUUUCCUAGGAAAGGGCGGAAGGGUUGAACCCCAACGCGUCGGGUGGGGAGAGAUGCUCUCGUGCGGGGGCGCCAGCGAUUCUCGCUUCCCAGGCUCUAGAAGGCUUGUCGUUUUGCCGUAGAAUAAACAAAUGUUCGGUUUCAAAACAGAAAUCACUGCGCUGUUGUUUCUAGGAAGGUGCUCGUUUCCGGUGAGCUGUACCCAUUGUUUAACACUGAACAUUUUGUUUUUGAAUCAAAGGUAGUUGAAAUUUUUUUGCCAUACGUUUAGCAUUUUAUUCUUCGGAAUGAUGGAUUUCCUUUUGGAGAUAAGAACGGAAGUGUUUGCGGAAGUAAUGGUAUUGAGAGAAAUGAAUAGAAAUAACCCAUUUUGAGGAAGCCAUGGCAAAGUCAAUUACAAAACACAGAGUUUGUUCUCGGCAAUCUUCAGUAUCUUCUCUGUUAGCAAGCUGCAGCCUGAGUGGUAGUAAUUCCUCUAAAUCUGAUGGCUCUUUUCAGUAUAAGGAUAAACUGUAUAGUUCUGCCUCUCAGGCUCUACAGGCCUAUAUUGAUGAUUUUGAUUUAAGCCAAAUGUAUCCUGGUGCAAGCACUGGAAAGAUUAACAUUGAUAGAUGUUCUGCUAAUAUGCCCGAAUUCUCCAACUAUAUUUAUAAACCAAACAAUGCUUUUGAAAAUCUUGAUCCCAAAAAAAGCUUCUCGUCCUUACCGUGUAGAAGAAUGACUGUUAAUGACAUAGACUGCAUUAGCCUAACAACUGAUGAUCUAUUAAAACUUCCAGCAGAUGGGUCAUUUUCUUUAACUUGCAUUGGAUCAAGUCACCGAAAUAGCAAGAAAAACAAGAAAUGCAUUCGAAGACUGAGCUCAUUGGAUACUGAAAAGAAUCAAAAUUUUCAAGAACCUUCCACUCCCAUGUGCAAAGAUAACUUAGUUACUCCUGUUGUACACAUAAAUAAAAAUGGAAAGCAACGUGGUAGGCUAAAAAACCCAAACCUUGUGAAUAAGACUAAUAAGUACGUUUCUGAUCCAUCUUUAUCAUUUUCCAAGAAGUUGUCUUUCAAAGACAGUUCAGAACACAAACUUGAAAAGAAUUACCCAAGAUGGCUCACUAGCCAGAAAUCUGACCUUAAUGUUUCAGGAAUAACUAGUCUACCUGAUUUCACAUACCCAGUCUGGCUCCACCAUCAAGACUUGCUACCUGAUACAAAUAGUCAAAAAAGGAUUUCUGAAAUAUUUAAAGAAGAUCAGUGUUCCCCUAGACAUAGUUACCAGGCACAAAGAACUUCUCGACUUAUGAAUAAAUUAGAUAGUUUUGAAUAUUCUUUUGAACCCUCAAACAUUUCAGACUCCUUGAGUGCUGAUAAAGGAUUAGUUAAUGAAUAUAAAUGUGAUUCCGAACAUAGCCAGUGUCAGUGUGAGAAUCCACUUCUCCCAGGACAAACCAAAAAGCCAUUCAGUGGUGACAAAAUUGAAUUGCUUAUCCUGAAGGCCAAGAGAAAUCUAGAGCAUUGUACUAAAGAGUUACCGAAGUCUACAAAAAAGGAUGAUAGUCCUUGUUCAUUAGAUAAACUUGAAGCAGAAAGAUCAUGGGAAAAUAUUCCUGUUACUUUCAAAUCUCCUGUUCCUGUUAACUCUGAUGAUAGUCCUCAACAAACUUCAAGGGCAAAGUGUGCUAAAGGGUUCCUUGAUGAUUUUUUAAAUAAUGAUAAUCAGAGCUGUACCCUUUCUGGAGGGAAACAUCAUGGUCCUGUUGAAGCCCUGAAACAAAUGUUAUUUAAUCUUCAAGCAGUACAAGAAAGUUUUAAUCAGAAUAAAACAGCAGAACUGGAAGAGGAGAUUAAGCAAGUUUCGGAAGAUAAUUUCUCUAAAUUACAGUUGAAAGAAAGUAUGCUUCCUAUUACUAGGUCACUUCAAAAGGCUUUGCACCAUUUAUCUCGCCUGAGAGACCUGGUUGAUGAUACCAGUGGGAAACAGUCACCGAAAAUGUGAAGAGGAAAAUAAAAAGGUCCAACAAAUCAAUAGUCAUCACAGAACAAAGAUGUAUUUUUUUUCCUGUUGCUUAAACUGACAAAGAAAAUUAUAAGCCAUGCAUUAUUCUGUGAUUGGUUCAAGUAUUAUAUAUUCUUUAAAAAACAAACUUGAAAAUGUGUGUAGGUUUUGUGACCUAUCCUCAUUUUAUGCCAAAAUACCAGAAUGUGAACUGAGAGGACCCACACUGUGUCCUAACAGUCUGACUUUGGUCUUCAGGCCAGCAAAUGUCCAAUAUUCAAAGAUGGAUGAUGUCUGUUAUUGAAGCUUAUGUGGACUUAAUCUUCUUGAGCAUCCUCAUCAUUUUAUCUUCUGGUUCUGGGUUAUUAGGAAACUCUUCCUGGUUUCUAUCCAAAAUCUCUUAAGUAGACUUUUUGAUACAAGUAGCAUCUACCUUUAAGUUGGCUAAAGGAAUAUCAAAAUUGUUAUGGUGUAACUUCUCCAUAUAUGUUACCUUUAAUUUUUAUAAAUAUUUUAAGGUAUGUGGUAUAUGCAAAGAACAGUUUAAUAAUGGGAUGAUACAGUGCUAAAAGGAAUGUUUCAUGUUGUGAAAUCCAAAAGAAAAACUCAUUUAACUAAUGCUUUGAUUUUGAUUCUGUGUAAGGUAAUCUUGUGUGUGUGUGUGUCUGUGUGUGUCUGUGUGUGUCUGUGUGUGUGUGUGUGUGUGUAAGAUAAUCUUGAUAUCACUUAAGAGUUUACAAAAUAUUUUUGGGGAGUACAUUUGAAAAUUUAAUAUUUUGAUAUUCUCAGAUUUUAGUUUUGGGGUUAGCUCAAACUAGUACAAAUUCUAAGAUCAGUGACCAAUUGCUUUAUGUAAUUUGUUAAGUAAAUUUAAACUGAAUGUGGAAAAUCCAGAAGCAGCUCUGUAUUAUAAAGCUAUUUUGUAAGAGCUAAACAUGGUUUAAAGCAAUCUAUAAAAUUUGUCUUUAGCUGGAACUCAACAGAGCUCUAUAGUUUUGCAUUUUCUAACCAACUAAACUAAUGAGCAAGAAAACACCUUUACUAACAAAACUAGGAAAUAAAUCAUAAGGCAGAUUUUAAAAGCCUGAUGAAAUGAAAGAAUACGAGUGUCUGUAUACAAACAGUACAAAUUAACACUGCCCAAAUUGUAGCAUCUUUGCUAGAUACCUUUACUGUCAAGUAGGAAUUUCUAAGAGUACAUUGUGUUGAAUAUUUUUUUCCCCUGAAGUUUAAAGCACUAUAUAAUACCUUUGCUGUAGAACUUACAUGUCAAAAACUAUAGAAUAGGGGCGCCUGGGUGGCUCAGUGGGU